AGCUUGAACGCGGUGCAUUGUGGGACGUGGGUUGACGGUGAGUGAAGUCAAGAUGGCUGUGAACCUCAAGCAGAGGAAGGAGCCUGCUGUGGGAAAGCCGUGAAUGAAGUUUUGAAUAACAUAUUCUUCGUCGCUGCCUGUUUAGACUUAAACCGUCGUGCUGUUGAAGUUGUAGUCAACCUGGGGACGACUUGAUACAUUCACAGACAGCAACAAAAUCCCAAACAACAGAGGAUAAAGUCUCGUAUGAAUUCCGACGAGAAGGAGGACUGUGAGUGUGCGCCACCACAGGCCGAGACUAGCCCCGCAGAAGGACCAUAUAGAGAAUACGAGGAGCCUGAAAUAGAAAACCCAGAAGCAAGCCGAAUGAAGCGAGCAGCUGCCAAACAUCUAAUAGAGCGCUAUUACCACCAGUUAACUGAGGGCUGUGGGAAUGAGUCGUGCUCCAACUCCUGGUGUGCCUCAUCAGUCGGUUUCAACCGCAUGGAUAACAACGCAGCGGCGGUCAAAGCCUUGGAGCUCUACAAGGUCAACGCUAAGCUAUGUGACCCCCACCCCUCAAAGAAAGGCACUGCCUCGACCUACCUAGAGAGCAGCGCUCACAGCAACUCAGCCUGCGGCAACAGGAAGUUGAACCACAAAGAUGUCCACUCUGUACGGGACAAUUUCAAAGAUGUAAAUUACCUGACAGAGGAGAAAGUGUAUGAGAUCUUGGACAUCUGUGGAGAGAAAGAAGAUUACUCGCCCCUGAUCAGGGUAAUAGGUAGGGUGUUCUCCAGUGCUGAGGGCCUGGUGCAGAGCUUCCGGAGGUCCAAACCUCACACUAAGGAGGAGCUCAAGUCCCUCCAAGGGAAGGAUGAGGACAAGGAUGAGGAUGAGAAGGAGGCCGCCGCCUGUUCUGCUACAGCUAUGGAGGAGGACUCCCCUGCCUCCUCUUCAUCAUCAAGGCUCGGAGAGGGCUCCUCAGGGGAAAAUGAUGUCCAAAAGCUGGCCCCUGAUGAGGUGUCGGUGGACAUUGAAGCAGUGAGGCGGGUCUACGAGCGGCUGCUCUCCAAUGAGAAGAUUGAAGCCGCCUUCCUGAACGCGCUGGUCUACCUCUCACCCAAUGUAGAGUGUGAUCUGACGUACCACAAUGUGUACUCACGAGACCCAAACUACCUGAACCUGUUUGUUAUAGUGAUGGAAAACAGCAACCUCCACAGCCCAGAGUACUUGGAGAUCGCCCUCCCGCAGUUCUGCAAGGCCAUGAGCAAACUCCCACUGGCAGCCCAGGCCAAGCUGGCAAGCUUGUGGUCACACUACAGCGCAGGACAGAUUCGGCGCAUGGUAGAGACCUUCCAGCAGCUCAUUACCUACAAGGUGAUCAGUAACGAGUUCAACAGCCGCAACCUGGUCAACGAUGAUGACGCAGUAGUGGCAGCCACCAAGUGCUUGAAGAUCGUCUACUAUGCAAACGUGCUGGGCGGCGACCUGGAUGUAGAGCACAACGAGGAUGAGGACGAGGAGCCCAUCCCAGAGUCUAGUGAACUUACCCUGCAAGAGCUGCUGGGUGAGGAACGACGGAACAAGAAGGGCCCUCGGGUGGACCCGGUGGAGACGGAGUUAGGGAUCCGCACCAACGAUUGCAGACGGCCACUCGUUGCCUUUGAGGAGUUUGUCAAUGAGCCUCUAAAUGAGGUGCUGGAGAUGGACAAGGACUAUACUUUCUUUAAGGUUGAAACUGAAAACAAGUUCUCCUUUAUGACCUGCCCCUUCAUCCUGAAUGCCGUCACCAAGAACCUGGGCCUUUACUAUGACAACCGCAUCCGCAUGUACAGUGAGCGGCGUAUAACUGUGCUCUACAGUUUGGUGCAAGGUCAGCAGCUCAAUCCCUACCUGAGGCUCAAAGUGCGGCGAGACCACAUCAUUGACGACGCUCUGGUCAGGCUUGAAAUGAUAGCAAUGGAGAAUCCUGCAGACUUGAAGAAGCAGCUGUAUGUGGAGUUCGAAGGAGAGCAAGGUGUUGAUGAAGGUGGCGUUUCCAAAGAGUUCUUCCAGCUGGUGGUGGAGGAGAUCUUUAACCCAGAUAUUGGCAUGUUCACAUACGAUGAGCGCACCAAACUGUUUUGGUUCAACUCGUCAUCACUCGAAAAUGAGGGCCAGUACACUCUGAUUGGCAUCGUUCUUGGUCUGGCCAUCUAUAACAAUUGUAUUUUGGAUGUCCACUUUCCUAUGGUGGUGUACAGGAAGUUGAUGGGCAAGAAAGGAACUUUCAGGGACUUGGCUGAUGCCAACCCGGUUCUAUACCAGAGUCUGAAGGAGCUGCUGGAGUAUGAGGGCAGCGUGGAAGAGGACAUGAUGAUCACUUUCCAGAUUUCCCAGACAGACCUGUUUGGGAACCCACUUAUGUAUGAUUUAAGGGAAAACGGGGACAAAAUUCCAGUCACAAAUGAAAACAGAAAGGAGUUUGUGGCUCAGUAUGCAGAAUACAUGCUGAACAAAAGUGUGGAGAAGCAGUUCAAAGCUUUCAGGAGAGGCUUCCACAUGGUCACCAACGAGUCACCACUAAAAUACCUGUUCAGACCAGAGGAAAUCGAGCUGCUGAUCUGUGGAAGCAGGAACCUGGACUUCCUAGCACUUGAAGAAACAACGGAGUAUGAUGGUGGUUACAACAGAGAUUCUCGAAUCAUCAAGGAGUUUUGGGAGACGUUGCAUUCGUUUGGUGAGGAGCAGAAGCGUUUCUUCCUGCAGUUCACCACCGGCACUGACAGAGCACCUGUGGGUGGGCUGGGCAAGCUGAAGAUGAUCAUUGCCAAGAAUGGCCCUGACACUGACAGGUUACCGACGUCUCACACUUGCUUUAAUGUGCUGCUGCUGCCUGAGUACAGCAGCAAGGAGAAGCUGAAGGAGAGACUGCUGAAAGCCAUCACCUAUGCCAAAGGGUUUGGCAUGCUCUGAGCCCCUGCUCCAAACACACAGCAAACGGACUCCUUCUCAGAAAGCCCAUCAAACCCUGCUCUGCCCUUCCUUUAUCAAAAGGUGACAAAAGACAGACCAGAGUAUGUUUUGAGGAAAAGCAAGUCAAUAAUGAAAGAGGAGAAAUGCUUCCAAUAGAGUGCUCCAGUAGUUCUUCUACUGUGCCCGCAUCAUCCCACAUCAGUCAGUGUAAGCACAGAGACCUCCUGAUCAAAAUACCCACCCCGACAUCCACAAUAUGUGAAUGUGCAGCAGCCUCCCCGUCUUUCUUUUCUUUGUACAGAGAGAAUCAUUUCCUUAUUAUUUAUUUUAAGGUUAAAAUGGGUUAUUUGUCAUGCCUGCCUGUUGUGAUAGUUUCCUUACUUGGGAAAGGGGGAGGGUUAUUAUUAAACUGUACAUUCGAGACAAUGCAGUAACAAGUCAAUAUAAACCCCAUUUAUUGAACAAAAAAGUGUUAAAGUAGACCUGACCUUGUUCAUAGACAAUUGGCAGAGAUAAUCUAGUUUUAGACUAGUCUUUACUACAAAAUAAUUUAGUCCCAACAGAAGAAAGCGCUCUCGCUGACCAUUCCACUCACAGCCAUCGGCUAUUGCUUCUAUCUAGUCCAAAAUGGCACAUUAUGAAAUAGCUGUUUUUAUUUUUUCGCCUUUUUCCCUUGGGGAAGGGGCGGGGGGGGGGGGGGGGGGGGAGACACUGCAGGUUAGACUAAAAUCUUGUCAGAGCUGUGUAAGUGCACUUAGACAUUUUCAGAAUGUUUGUUUUUUGGCCACAAGUUGCCAUGAUUGUUUGAAGCAUUUUAUUUCCAUGUCUUCCUGUGUUGACAAUUCUAAAUAAAAACAGUAUUUAUAUAUAUCAGUGCGGUUGGAACUACGAUACCAUAUUGUGCACGUUUUGGAAGAUGUACACAUAUAGACCGGUCACUGAUGAUGUUCUCAUACACAGGCAUAGAACUCUUCUUGUGCCAAGCUAGUCUCACACUGCAGAGUCUCUGUUCAGUAUAACCUCAGUUUAUCUGGAACUCCACAUGUAGAGUCAAGCCAACAGUACAUUGUCACUGGCAAAGCUUUGGUAGCUUGUGAUCUUAAGUCCAUUUGGCCUUAGUCUCUGGUUGUGGUUACACCUGUUAUUUUAAUGCACCAUGAAUCUUCUAACGGCACGCCAAAUGACCUGACAGGUGUUUGUAUUCACAUUGCCAUGCCAGAUGGCUGGCAAUGUGUCGGUCACUGGGCAAGUGAGGACAGUAGUCUAAGCACAAUCUGAACAAAGUAAUUAUUGUGUAAAGCUGCAAUCCAUGGUCAGUCAAUCCUGUAGCCACUGAGUCUCAGAGAAGCCCCUGAUAUGUUCCUAUCAGUCCUUCUUUUGCUGUGAGACCCACAUUGGAAAAUAAUAUCAGUGUAAAUGUGUGGUUUGAUCAGAUCUCUCACUAAAAUACGCUUAUGAGAGAUGGGAAAACAAAAAAUUACAUUUUGUGAAAUGUUCCUGUUCGCUAUCUCAUCCACCGUUAAGCGAGGGGAUGAAUUUAAAUGCCAUCUUGUUUGCAUCCAAUUGAGCGUAUUUUGAAGGCUGGAAGCAGGCAAAAAA